UAAGGCAAGGCAACCUCUCUAGAGCAUCCACACCCUUAGUCCUUCUGUGGUUAGCAGGCAAACCUCGCGCGGUAUUGGAAAUUGCAGCAAUCCUCAUCUCACCUUGAAGAAGACGGAAGGAUGCUGGAGAACAAAGCAAUCAUAGGUGACACUGACAUGCUGCAGACUAUGCAGCAAGAAGCCCUCCAUCUCGCAGGGAAAGCCCUUGAUGAGUUUGAUAUCACAGACUCCACUGAGAUUGCACGCUUCAUCAAGAAGGAGUUCGACAAGUUGUAUGAUCCAGGGUGGCAAUGCAUCGUUGGUACUGAUUUUGGCUCAUUCGUCACACAUCACAGGGGUUGCUUCAUCUAUUUUAGUAUAGGAAGCCUUGCAAUCUUGCUCUUCAAGGGAUCAGCAGCUCCUCACGUCGAGACUGAGCGGUCAAUAGCGAAGGAGCUGGUGAAGGCAUGAAUCCUCUGCUUUUUUAUUAUUAUCCUCUGACCCUUAUUGUUGUUAUUUUAAAGGGGAUAAAUUGUAAUGUAAUGAGGAAUACAUCUCCUGUUUUGCUUCA